AAAGUCCCACUCGCCUAUUGGCUAUUCCCCUUAACUGCGUUAACUUUUUUCUCUCUUUUUUCCUCCUCUUCCUUUCUUUCUUUCUCUCUCUCCCUACAUCUUCGUUUCUACUCUGCAAUCAGUUUUAAGGUUUCUUCUUCUUCUUCUUGUUCUUUCGGUUCUCCGUUUCGUCUCUUACUCUCGCCGGAUCAAGAUUCUCCCCUUGGUUGUUGUACCAAAUAAUUAAAGUUGAGCUAAAGCUUAAAGGUUAGUGGCUGAAACAAUAGUAUAAAUGUGAAUUUUACAAGUCUUGGAUCAGUUAAUGCUAGACAUACAUGGAUCCGGUGGACUGGAAAGAAAUAAGGAAGUUCUAUUGACAAUGCCUGCUUGGUCAUCUUCUCAUAUUUAAUCUUGGUAUCAUCCAGUGUUAAUUCAGUAAUAGAUUCCGAAAAUAAUUCUCUGAAUGUAGCUUGUACACUAUCAGAGGAUCCUUUGUAUCCAUGCUGGCAGAGAGCAUGCGUGGAAUCUGUGUUUCGGGUAAUGCCCCUAACGAGAUAUUCUGCCGAAACAUUCGGUGUGUUGACGAUUUGUCUUGUUGCUCUGUUGAUUCUUCUUGGUUUAGUGUGCAUCGGAUACUCAUUUUACUUACAUUCACGUGUUCUUAGACAAGGAUUUAUUCAGCUCAGUUAUUUCACUGGUCCUUGGAUCAUCCGAAUAACAUUCAUUUUGUUCGCUAUCUGGUGGGGUUUUGGUGAAAUUACAAGGCUAAAUUUUCUAAGACGACAAGGAAGAGUGUUGAAUGCACUCAACUUGAAAUGGCAAGAAAACAUCUGCAAAUGUUACAUUGUCUCAAAUUUAGGUUUUGCAGAACCUUGUCUUUUCCUCACUCUUGUGUUUCUUCUUCGUGCUCCUUUACAAAAUAUAGACACUGGAAUUCUAAGCAGAAAAUGGAACGGAAAAACUGCAGGCUAUGUUCUUCUCUACUGCUUCCCGUUGUCUGUUCUUCAGCUCAUUCUUAUUUUGAUUGGACCAGAGUUACACAAGGAAAGGAGGGAAUUGCCACCGUGUUUCACUAGAACAGCCACUCGAGUGAUGGAAAAUUCUGAUAGCAUUGCUCUUUGCACUUACCCUUUACUGAAUACUAUUCUUCUUGGGGUUUUUGCCACCGUGAUGAGUGUCUAUUUGUUUUGGCUUGGAAGGCAGAUUUUGAAUUUAGUUAUCAACAAGGGUUUGCAGAAGAGAGUUUACACAUUAAUUUUGUCGGUUUCAAGUUUCCUUCCAUUAAGGGUUCUUUUACUUGGUUUGUCUGUAUUAUCUAAACCAGAGCAAUUUGUUUUUGAAGUUCUUGCAUUCUCAGCUUUUGUUGUCCUUCUAUGUUGUGUUGGGGUCUGUAUCUGCAUGCUUAUAUGCUGUCCAGUUGUGGAUUGUAUAGCCCUGGGGAAUCUUCUUGAUGUGGAAGGUAGAAGUGAUGAUCAGAAUGAUGCUGCUGUUUCUCUUAUCGGUAAUCAGAACCAUCUUGUAAGUAGCCCUGAGAGGAAUUCCAGGAAUGGAUCAAUUUCUUUCCGGACUUUUGAAAAAGAUGGUACGGCGGCAACUGGGGCCUUGGUAGAACUGAGCCUCACCUCCUCUUUCAUGGACUCCAAAAGUAAGCAGGAAACUGAGUAGUUGUGGUGAAUAUCAAUUUUUGUGGUAAAGAAAACUGAUUUGUAAAGGGGUUAGCUUCGAUAAAGAUUUUCAUUCAUAGUUUGUUUUUCAAAUUUUAGAUGGGAUGAUGGUUUCGCUUGCUGGAAUUUAUAAUCCGAAUCCCCCCGCAUCCAUACUUCUAA